AUGUUAGAAGGUGCAAAAUCAAUGGGUGCCGGAGCUGCUACAAUUGCUUCAGCGGGAGCUGCUGUCGGUAUUGGAAACGUCUUCAGUUCUUUGAUCCAUUCCGUGGCGCGAAAUCCAUCAUUGGCUAAACAAUCAUUUGGUUAUGCCAUUUUGGGCUUUGCUCUAACCGAAGCUAUUGCAUUGUUUGCUCUAAUGAUGGCCUUUUUGAUCUCAUUCGUAUUCCGA